UAUCGAUCAGAAAAAAAUCGAAACGUCGUUUUGAGAGCAUCAAAUUAUUUAAUACUAACACAAUAUCGCCCAAUGAUAGUUUGUUUAUAUUGUGAGACCCCCUUUAUUUUUUGGUUCGCGUAAAUUUACGAAAAAAAAUAAAAAACAGAAAAUGAUUAGAAAAAUUGCCCGAUGUUUCUAGUUAUCUUUUUUCAAACAGUACUACACAAAUUGAUAUGGAACAGUUUUCACAUGAUUUGACACUAGCUCUUGAAGAGACUUCACGAUUUGGUGACAACAGAAAUAGGUGGGGAUUGCGGAGGCGCACACGGUCCACUGGAAAUCUUCUUCCGAGUUCUGAGGCUUUUCAAAUUUGUCUUUAUAACCUAGCAUGUGCCCCGCAACCCACGGAAGACAGUUCAAGUAGUCCAGCUGAUCAGCCUGAAUUUAAUACAAGUCAGAACUCACCACAGCUGAGUGGAACCAAUAAUAUAUUUCAGAGCGACUCCGAUGAUAAGCAUUCGUUAGCAUUUGCAUUUCGCUCAAGACAAACUCCGUUGACAGGAAAUUUUGAAUCAGAUUCGUUCAAUGAAAAUUUUAGUCCUGCGAGGCCAAACUUAAGACGAAAACGAAAGUUCAAACGAAUGGCAGUAGGAUAUGAAGCUUCACUAUCCUCAUCAUCCGUUGCAAACAGCUCUAUCUUUCCUGCUAUCCUAAAAAAGCGGGCAUUCAAUCAUGAAAAUUUGCGGGCAAAUUUAAUUUUCUGUGGAAAAAGGAAACGGAGCCAUCGAGAUCGCUAUGUUGACUACGAAUCAUACAAACAACAUUCUAAUAGUGUGCCUAGACAGCGCGAUUUAUUUGCGCCAAAAUCACUAUCAUAUCUUGAAUGCAAAGGGCGCAAUAGAGCUGCAUCAUUUACUUCUGGAGUUUCAUUUAACAAAAAUAUUAUAUCUAAAAUUGAGAAAAUGUCUCAAGAAAGAAAUUUGAAGUUAUGCUUUCAAUUUUCUACACCUUUUAAUAAAAAAACUGAUUCACCAGAUGGAUCGAUUGAGGAGUCCAGCAAUAAGCAAGAAAUGCUUCACCCUCCCAUUUGCAAUAUUACUUGUACUAGUGAAUUGCCUGCAGUGGAAGCUCAUGUGCAAAAUAUAUCUAAGCUUGAGGGAAACUCUCAAGCUAAUCCGGUUUUAACUACUGAUAACAGGAAAUCUACCGGGUUUGAAUCAACAAGCAGCUGCCUAAUACGACAAGCCGGUAAUAAGCAUAAUACGAAAUCGAAUAAAGUUAAACAAAGUCGUCGACAAGAACAAAUGUUACUGCAAUAUGAUGAUCGAAUGAGUUGUCCAAAUAUGAACGAAUUGCUCAGUUCUAGUUCUCUGAGUUCGAGCGAUUCUGAAGCAAUAAACACCAACGAAUCGGAUCACGAAGGAGACGAUGAACUUACAGAUUGGCCAGGUAACGAAGGCAUGAUAACAUUCACAUCGAAAAAUGACUUCAGAAAACUAAACAAAACACGAGUUAUGAAACCAUCCCUUCCGCAAAUAAAACAGCAGGAUGAUGUACAGGAUGACGAUACCUUGAUGUCCACUGAUGACACUAUUAUUAGACCACUUAACUUCGAGAUUACUGCUUUAGCAACAGCGCAUAAUAAUCUAAAUAAUUCAAAAUGUUCUCCAGGAUCGUCCGAAGAUCUACCGUUAAAUAAAUCACACUCGACUACCUUCUCUAUCCAGCACGUGCCCGCUAGCAGUAGUACCUGCCAACCAUGGCUUUUAAAAAAGGAUGGUUCAGAUGAAGUAGCGAGCACGUUUUUCUCGUCACCCAAUAUUUACACUGAUAUUAGAGAGAUUAGAGCAGGAUGCCGAAGGAUAAGAGACGAGCGACCAGGGUUUUCUAUCAUCUCUAGUGCCAACGAGCUUCUUUCAAGGUUUCUUCAAAACGAUCAACAGCAAGUGUUAACAUUGUUUGAUAUUAACGCCACCGAGUACGACAAGUUGUAUGGGCUGUCAAAACUAUACUCUCUCACGAUGCAAGUCGAAAAUGGAUGUGUCAUUUUAAACAAAACCAGUAAUACAAUGCAAUCAAUAAGGAUUGAUCAGACCAAACUUCCGAAAAGUUUUUGUGACUUCAAAAGGAGAUGUUACGGAGAAUCCGUGGAUGUUGAUUUCAAUGAUUUACCCAACUGAUAAGUAUGACUAAUAAGCGAUCGGUUUAAUUCUUUGUGUUUUAUUUAUUUUGAAAUUAGAUUAUCCUACGGGAGCAGCAAAAUAUAUUGCUGAUGAAUUGGAAAGUAUAGAUCGCUUGUGCUUUCAUACUAUGAUUCAUAACCUGAACGAACCCAUCCUAACAGAACAUUAAAAGUUUGAAUCUAUCUUUUGGAGUAGAACUAUGUAUUACAGGAAGAUAUCAACGUAAAAUCAAAAUUGCUAAAUUUCUAUCAUCAUAAAUUGGUUGGCAUUUUGAUACUUAUUACUUAGCUACUGGGUCAAACUCAAAUAGCUUCUGCAUUAUUUCCUUGAAGAUGUUUCUAAAAAUGAAUUAUAUACAGAAAGUGAUUUUUAAAAAUAAACUAAUAAUAAAUGUGUAAAUUGAUAAACGGCUUGAACAUAAGAUAUUCUA